UGGUUUGCAACUCGACUUUCUAUAUGAUAAACAGGUUAAUUUGUUUAAAUUCCUGCCUGCCGCUCAGUGCGUGAUUGUUGCUCCAAAUCCAAAGUCGUAAUGUUGCGUAACACGCUGAUAAAUGGAGUCAGGGGAAUAAAACCGAUCCUUUGCGGGGGCCAAUCUCUGAGAUGCCUUGCAACUGCAGAAAACUCAAAGCUGACAACUAUUGAGGUGGAUGAUAAGAGUGGAAUUGCCACCCUGUCGAUGAACCUGCCACCGGUGAACACUUUGACCAUGGAUUUAAUGCACGACCUCAUCGACUCGAUCAAUCAAAUAGAGAGCAACAAGAGUCGCGGUCUUAUCCUGACUUCUAGCAAUGACAAGGUGUUCUCCGCUGGCCUUGAUCUCAAUGAGCUGCUGAAUCCGGAAGUGGAUCGCUUGAGAUUAUUCUGGACCCGUUUCCAGGAUUUAUGGCUAGCCCUGCAUCUUUGUGGUAUUCCCACAGCAGCAGCUAUUAACGGUCACGCUCCUGCCGCAGGUUGUGUUUUGGCCACAGCCUGCGAGUACCGGGUGAUGCUCCCAAAUCUCUUCAUCGGAAUCCAUGCCACUCGCUUCAGUUUUGUGAUAUCUAAGUGGAUGAUGAACUCGUACCAGAGUGUCCUGCCCCGCAGGAUUGUGGAAAGAGCUUUGAACCAGGGUAAACUCUUUCCAACUCAGGAAGCACUAGAUGUGGGCCUCAUUGAUGAGGUUUCUUGCAGCAAGGAGGAGGCUCUCGCCAAGUGUGCCACCUUUAUAGGAACCUUCGAAAAGGCCAAUCCUCUGGCAAGGACCUUAACCAAGCGAAUGUGUCGCGAACCAGACGUCCGUGAUCUUCUCAACGAUCGAGCCGGGGAUCUAAAGGAGUGCGUUGACUAUGUCACCACUCCCCUUUUCCAAGAGGGUCUGUGUGCCCAUCUUGAAGGUCUUAAGAAGAGGAAGUAACCGGCUUCCAAAGCUAGGUGAUCAAACUUGCAUUUAUUUUAUAUGUACAUAUAUGUGUAUUAAAAUUGUUAAUCAGA